UCCUUUUUUGCUCCCUCCCCUUGAGCCACGUCAGCUGGGAGCUCCAGUCCUGCCCCAACUUUCUUAGGGGCUUCUUAGGGGGUGGGGAGAAACAGAGGGGGGUCCACCCAAAGCAGGACCCCUCCUCUUUUCACCCCCCACUCCUGCCCCCCAGGAUGGUCUUGCUGACUAUGAUCAGCCGGGUCCAAGACGGGCUCCUCCUGGCUGCCUCCAUGCAGGAAACAGAGCAGUCAAAUCGAAACUUCCAGGAAUACCAUAGCCAAGCCAAGCAGCUUUUCCGCAAACUUGGGGACCAUUCACCAAGCCGGUGUUCUCUGGAAGCCGGGCCAAUGACUUUCCAUUACCUGAUCAGCCAAGGCAUUUGCUACUUGACACUGUGUGAAGCUGCGUACUCCAAGAAACUGGCCUUCGCUUAUCUGGAGGAGUUGCAAACUGAAUUUUGGGAGCUGUAUGGAAAGAAAGUUUCCUUUGUUUCGAGACCUUAUGCCUUCAUUGAAUUUGACAUUUAUAUCCAGAAGCUGAAGAAGUCCUAUCUUGAUACCUGGUCAAAGCGACACCUGAGCAGCAUCAACCUGGAACUACAGGAUGUCCAGAAAAUCAUGGUCACCAACAUUGAAGAGGUGCUUCAGCGUGGAGAGGCCUUAUCAGCUCUGGAUUCCAAGGCCAGCAACUUGUCGACUCUUUCCAAGAAAUACCGCCAGGACGCCAAACUCCUCAAUAGCCGUUCUGCUUAUGCCAAGGCAGCUGCCACCAGCCUGAUCUUUGUGGUACUUAUGCUCUACAUACGUUUUUGGUGGCUGGUAUGACUGCAAAGUCUUUAUCUUCGUCUUUCUCUCCCACUCCAUAAUUCCUGUCCAGCAAAAAAGAAAUUAUCCCAUCUGUCCACCAAAUCUCCCACUAAGACAGAAUUUAAACAAGUGGCACCACUGACUUCUGGAGAGAAUGAGAACUGUUAAAAUAUCUUGAAGCAACACCUGUUAUUUUUUAAGAUUAUUUUUAAAAUAUGGCACUUUUGCCACCGUGUGGCCCAAACAGGGAUGACCAUUGUUAAGAGUUUAUUUUAACUGUGGUCCUUCGAAUGUGUAAAAUAAAAGAGUCCUGUAUUUUCAAUGAACCAGGGGGGGACAGCAAGAGCUACAGCCAUUGACAGAUUGUGAAGGCAGUUUUCAUACAGACAAACAAUCUCACGGCACCUUAAAGACUGUUCAGAGUUAUUGUAUGUUUUGGCCACAAUAAAUCCCAUAUUCUAAGAUAA